ACUCCUCAGUUUGCACCCCAGCUUUCCUUCCGUCGCGUAGAAAUUUUGUAUUACACAACCUUACAAUCAUUUCCAUUGUUUCUUAUUGCCAUAGCAAGCACUGAUGCUGAAGGACAGGGCUUUUGUCAAGGUGGAUUCAGCAUUGAUUUUACUCAGAAAGACAGAGUUCUACUUGGAGGACCUGGAAGUUUUUAUUGGCAAGGUCAGCUAAUCUCUGAUCAAGUGGCUGAGAUUGUGUCAAAAUACAGCACUACAGUCUACACAACCAAAUACAAUCACCAGUUAGCAACACGUUCAGCUAGUGCUACUUUUGAUGACAGUUAUUUGGGUUAUUCAGUUGCCGUAGGGGAUUUCAAUGGUGAUGGCAUAGAAGAUUUUGUGUCGGGUGUCCCAAGAGCAGCAAAAACUUUGGGCAUGGUAUCCAUUUACAAUGGGGAAAGCAUGGCAUCUAUGUAUAACUUCACUGGAGAACAGAUAGCUGCUUAUUUUGGAUAUUCUGUAGCUGCCACAGAUAUCAAUGGAGAUCAGUAAGUUAUGCUUUUGUU